CUCCCGCCGCCGCCAGCGCCGCCGUCACCGUGUCGGAGCCGGAGCGGGAGCCGCGUCCGAGAGGAGGGAGGAGGAGGAGGAGGAGGUGGAGGAGGCGGCGGAGGAGACCUGGGGGAUUGUCAGUAUUUAAAGUGACCACAUCAUGCGUGAGUACAAGCUAGUGGUCCUUGGUUCAGGAGGCGUGGGAAAGUCUGCUCUGACAGUUCAGUUUGUUCAGGGAAUUUUUGUUGAGAAAUAUGACCCAACGAUAGAAGAUUCCUACAGAAAGCAAGUUGAAGUAGAUUGCCAACAGUGUAUGCUGGAAAUCCUGGACACAGCAGGAACAGAGCAGUUUACAGCGAUGAGAGAUUUGUAUAUGAAGAAUGGCCAAGGGUUUGCACUAGUAUAUUCUAUUACAGCUCAAUCCACAUUUAAUGACUUACAAGACCUGAGGGAACAGAUUUUACGGGUUAAAGACACAGAAGAUGUUCCAAUGAUUUUGGUUGGCAAUAAAUGUGAUCUGGAAGAUGAGCGAGUAGUUGGCAAAGAACAGGGUCAGAAUUUAGCAAGACAGUGGUGUAACUGUGCCUUUUUAGAAUCUUCUGCAAAGUCAAAGAUCAACGUUAAUGAGAUAUUUUAUGACCUGGUCAGACAGAUAAAUAGAAAAACACCAGUGGAAAAGAAGAAGCCUAAAAAGAAAUCAUGUCUGCUGCUCUAGACCCACAGUAAGCAGCAGCUCUGAGCCAGACUACAGGAAUGAAGAACUGUUGCCUAGUUGGAAAGUGCCAGCAUUCCAGUCUUCAAAAAAAAAUAUCUGAAGAGGCUUCUCCCGUUUUAUAUAUUAUGUGAAGAAUUUAGAUCUUAUCUUGGUUUGCACAACUUCCCUGGAGAAAAAAAUUGCGCUGUGUAUAUCUCUUGGAAAAUAAGACAAUAGUAUUUCUCCUUUGCAAUAGCAGCUAUAACAGAUGUGAAAAUAAAUAUACUUGACUCCAAUAUGAUUAUACAAAAGAGCAUGGAUGCAUUUCAAAUGUUAGGUAUUGCUACUAUAAUCAAAUGAUUUCAUAUUGACCUUUUUAUCAUGAUUCAUCCCUGGUGAGCACUAAAAGAGUCAAACCAUUAUACUUUAUAUCUGUAAUGAUAUAAGAAAUCCCUCCCACCCCAAACUCAUUACAGCGGAAACUUUUUUGAGUCAUUGACUUCAUUUUAUAUUUAAAAAAAUUAUGAAAUAUCAUUCUGUCAUUAUAUUCUAAUUAAAAUUGUUUGUGCAUAAUGCUUUGGAAAAAAUGGGUCUUUUAUAGGGAAAAACCUGGGGUUACUGAUUUCUAUGGCUUUCAAAGCUAAAAUAUAUAAUAUACUAAACCAACUCUAAUAUUGCUUCUUGUGUUUUACUGUCAGAUUAAAUUACAGCUUUUAUGGAUGAUUAAAUUUUAGUACAUUUUCA